UACUAGCAUAGAAUUUGAUCGAAUAUUUGAUACCUUUCGUAUAGGUGCUGUAGUAUUACUUAGGCGUUGAAUACAGUUUUAGAAUUAAAAACCUUUCUUUUCAUAUUUUAUAAAUGUGUUUUGUUUCAUUUGGUGAUUUUAUGAAAGGUUAUGCUAACACUGUGUAUCGUGAUUCUCUGUACACGACAAAUGCGUUUAUUACAUUAAAAAUUUGAAUUAAACGAUGAAUUAUCCAAAACUCAUUAGUAAAUAUUACACACCAAAAAUAAUAUGGUAUCAGACGGAUGUUACGGUAGUUAUACGUAUUUUAUUGCAGGACGUUGAUAAUUAUUUCCUUCGAGUUAAAUGCGACUAUUUAGUAUUUAGUACCACGUCGAGCGAAAGAGAUUAUUGUGUUUGUUUGAAUCUUUUUGGAACAGUGGUGGCAGAAAAAACAACUCACACAAACAUAGAAAGGGAGAUCAAAAUCACGCUUAUAAAAGCACAUAAAUGCACAGAAUGGUUAAGAUUGCAUGUUGAAAGGCAAAAAAAUCCACUAAUAGUUGCGGAUCUGGACCAUUUAUAUAAAAAUGAGUGGUACAAUGUUCCUUUUAGAAUAGAGAGGGAAAGUUUCGAAGAAUAUAAACGAAAAAAUAAUAUAUCUAAUAUAAUGCCAGUCGUGCCCUCCUCCGACGAAGAAGACUCUGACGACGAUGCAAUGGACAUGUUAUUUCUCUAAUUUAUAUAGAUUUAGUAUUUCUAAUGCCUAGAAAAUGUUUUU